CACGAUAAGAUGAGAUAUAACUUUUCGCCUAGUCUAUGGAUACUAAUUUAUCUAAUUUUCGUUUGGCCCUACAAACGUUCCAACUGCAACGACAUCUGCAACAACCCUGAUUUGCGCAACUAUGAGAAUGUCAUUAUUGAAAAUGACACAUAUAGAUAUUCUAUUCAUUAUAAUUAUUCAAUGAGGAUUCAACGUAACCAAUCUCAACCAGUUCCGAGUGAACAUUUUAAUAAUAAGGUAGAUGGCAGAUACUUGGCUCGUCCUCAAUUCUCGUUUAGUUAUUACGGUAGUCACGUACAAGAAAUUGAAUUUUUCGAAUAUCAUAAAAUAUAUGUAUAUGAAGAGUCCCGAAUUGGAAUUAUUGAUAAUUACAUAAAAAACUAUAAAAAGUCUGAAUAUAGAAUUUUGAACGAGACGAAAUUAAUAGGAGUGAAAAGAACUUUUUCGAUAAACGUAAAUGGUGCAGAGGUUAGAGCCACAAUGACGACUUUAAUACACCCAAGUGGGAAAAUAUCGUUCUAUUAUGAUAACAUUCCUACGGAAAUUGCAAAAACGAAGUUGGAAUCGAAACUAAAUGGAUUAAUACGUUGUGAAGGAGGUCACACAAAGCAUGAGAUAUCUGUUCCAGCAAAAUGGAUCAAGAGUGGUACGUUGGUGGAGUUUGAAGCCAUCGGAGAAAUUUGUUCGCAAUACAAUACAAGUGAAACAUGCCAAAGAGCAACCACAUUGAGUAUGACAUGUUUUUGGUGUAAAAAAGGGAAGAAAUGUAUAGAAAGUAACGAUCAGAACACUCAUGGCUUGAAAGUCAAUGACUGCAGUGUUGAGAAGUCGGAUGUCAACGAUUUGAAUAGUUCAACAACUAUGAAACACAGUGAAACAACAUCGGGGAUCACUGAGGUUCAGGUUAGUGAAAACCUCAUGAAAACUACUGAAGAAACAGAUAAACAAUCGUAUAUGACUACAAGGACAACGGAAGAAAAUAAGCAAGACAAGUCACAUCGGUACAUUGGUACUCCAGUUGUCGAAUUCCGAAACAAUGAUUUAUAAUACUCUGUAGAAAAAUAUAUAACCUCAAUAGAUUGCUUCAAUGAAGCUAUCAGUUAUAAGGCUGUUGAUUUAUAUUCGGUUUGUGGUUAGAUUUGACAGUAAGAACACGUAUUUCAUUAUAUCAUCGAGUCGUCAACCAGCUGUAGGAUAGUGUUUGCUAAGCAUAUUGAUUGUUAAAUCGCUAAAAGAUAUCCUGAAGGUUUUUACGUAUGUAAAUUCUGCAACGUUUUGUGGAAUGAAUUAAAAGAAUGAUAUUUGAUGUUUAGUAAUCAAUGCUUCUGAUUAUAUCAUUUUAGAAGAAGUCGGAUGUCAACGAUUUGAAUAGUUC